AUUCAAAAGCAAUCUAACCAAAUCACGCUUUCACAAAAUGAUCUCAAAAAACUUAUGGAGACAGUGACUAGUUUAAAGGGAAGUAUUGCUAGAGAAGAUUACACUUUGAAGAGACCUUCUGGUCCAGGAAAACAAAAAGCAGAUAACAUUACUAUGGAUCAAUUUUUAGAUUAUUUGUUACAGAGUACAGACCUACUUGGAGAAAAUUAUGACUAUGAUCCAGUAGAAGAUUUGAGAUUACAAUUUGAGCAGUUGGAAAUCAACCAG